AAAAGUAUUCCGAUUUAUUCCGUGGGGCUUCUUCCUGCAGUCUGAAAACACUCAGAAUAUCAGCAGGUUUGUUUGCAAGGAAGGGACCCCAAAUCCCCCAUUGAUAGCCAGUCUCCAUUCCACUGGGCACAGCUGGAAUAUGGGAAGCAGUUUGAAAAUUCCUCUGCCCCCAAAUUGUCUGGGAUUUCCAAGAAUGCAGCUUGUCCUAAGUAGCGGCCAAGAAUGCAGACGACAGUAAAUAACAACCAAUAAAGAUACAUAGAGAUGGACAGGAAGCCUCGUUGGGGGUCAAAAGGACAGUUUGUAUGGCUCCCCAUGGUUGGCUCACACUGAUGCUUGUCUAAGCUGAGAAGAACGUGAAAAAUGACCCCGGCUGUUUGGCUUCUGGGGAGGAAAAGAUGGACCCCGAAGGUGUUGAAAGGACACACUUGAAAAUAGGUUGGCCUCUGAACUAGAUGGCUAAGGCCUCUGGAUACAGGACAGAACCCAUCAACUUUGGCCAACAUUUGCUGCGGAUUGGGAAAAAUAGGAGGCAUGAACAAAUCACACCAAGAGGAUGGAAAUGUUGUAAACCAGUUACAGAAAUCAUCACCACCACCACCGCCACCACCACCUCCUCCUCCUCAUCAUCCUCCUUCCUCCUCCUCCUCAUAUCCCACUUUCCUUACUUAAAUGAGACUCAAAGUGUCCAAACAGUGGUUAUCAGGGCAUCAAAGCGAGUGUCCAGUUUUCAUCUGGCAAAAGUAUACUACCCCUUCAUAUGGAGGCUCUGUUUUGUGGCGGACUGUUCCAUCCCUGUUCCUCCUUCAUCACCAGAAGUUUGGAAAGCAACUAUAGCUCCCAGAAUCUCUCGACUCUGAGCAAUAAUCCAAAAAAAAAAAAUCUCUGAUGGAGAUCUCUGUAGUAGCCACAGAAUUCAAAAUGCAAAGCCAAAGGUACUUUUGAAAUUUAAUUUCAAUAUUUGUUUUCUGCUCUUUAUCACAGGAUCUGUGGGUGGGGAACUAUUUCAAACCAUCAGGAGCAAUGCACAUGAGCUAAACGCAUACGAUUCCUUGGUGGAAUUACAACAUUUCUAUCUAGCCCAACCUAAAAAAAAUCAAUUUGAUUUUAAAAUCCAACCAUAAUUAAAGCAAACAAGGCUGUAAACAUACAAAAUGAGACGAGUAAGCAAGUUAAACACAUGCGUGUGUGUACAGCUGGGGAUGUUUUAACCUUAUGAUUUCCUUUGGGGGAUUUAAUGAUUGUUGCAGAAUACACAGGUUCCCCAUUUCUUUCCCCUGGGAUUCAAGAGCCGCAGCCGGUGUGGCUUGAUUAAGUUGCGAUCGCUGAAUCCGAUUCUCUUGCACUGGAUUAUUCCGGGGUGUAAAGUCCAAGUGGACUGUUUUGCUCCAGGUGUCCACCUGGUACUGAAUGCUCCCCUAAAAAACACACACCCAAGUUCUGACCAAGCCCCGUUUCUAACCCCAGGUGCCUAGCUGUGUUCGUUUUCUCCAGGUGAAACCGAAAGCGGUCCUCCCCUGUCCCUCCGGCAUUCAUUUCUGGCCGGGUUGAUGAUUAACGGAGGUUUGACAAUUGCAACAUGUGUGGAGUGCGAAAGCUGUUCUUUCCCCUUUCUCUGCCUUGGGAGUGUGGCUGACAGGUAGCUCCAUGGAGAAGACGCCUUGUGUCGCAAUAGGAAUUUCAGGGUUUGGCAAGUAAAGCAUCAUCUUACCUGAAAUUGAAGCUGCUGAGGCUAGGAAUCCCGACAAAGAUUUUGUAGCCGGUGACUGCUUGCCGAUGGACAGGAGCACUACUGUGGCUAUCUUCAUUGCCACCACCAUUUAAUGGCCACUGGGAUGGAGAAAACAAGCCAUGAGACACAGCCUCUCACAUCUCCAAAGGAGCCCUCGAAUUGCGUUGAAGAGGGGGACUGCGCAGGCAAUGGACUCCUACGCAAGGAUGCCAAGCCAGCAUUGCCGCUGGCGGAAGAGACAGACAGAGUGCCCUUUGGCCAGGCAGACAAAGGGGCAGCCAGCCCCAUCUCCAAUGGAUUUUCAGGGGCUCAGAGCCCAAGCUCUUUCAAUGUGGCCGGGGGCAAUGAGGGGACGCCUUCGGUCACCCCGGUGGCCAUGACCACCCUGACCACCAACACUAACACUACCACCACCACCUCCAUCUUGUGCGUGGUGGAUGGCCAGCAGCAGCUGGAGUUGGGUGAGCGGGAAACCUGGAGCAAGAAAAUGGACUUUCUCCUCUCGGUGAUCGGAUAUGCCGUGGACCUGGGCAAUGUCUGGCGCUUCCCUUACAUCUGUUACCAAAAUGGAGGAGGGGCGUUCCUCCUGCCGUACACGAUCAUGGCCAUUUUUGGAGGCAUCCCACUCUUCUACAUGGAGCUGGCGCUGGGACAGUAUCACCGGAAUGGCUGCAUUUCGAUAUGGAGGAAAAUCUGCCCCAUUUUCAAAGGGAUUGGCUAUGCCAUCUGCAUCAUUGCCUUCUACAUUGCUUCAUACUAUAACACUAUCAUUGCCUGGGCCUUGUACUACCUCAUCUCCUCCUUCACGGAUGAGCUGCCUUGGACCAGCUGCACAAACGCUUGGAACACCAAGAACUGCACCAACUAUUUCUCCAACCGGAGCAUCGCCUGGACGGACAGCUCCAUCUCUCCAGCAGAAGAAUUUUAUACUCGGCAUGUUCUCCAGGUGCAUCGAGCUAAGGGGCUGGACGACCUAGGCGGCAUCAGCUGGCAGCUCACCCUCUGCUUGCUCUUCAUCUUCACCAUCGUCUAUUUCAGCAUCUGGAAAGGGGUCAAAACGUCUGGAAAGGUAGUGUGGGUGACAGCCACCUUCCCUUACAUCAUCCUCUUCAUCCUUUUAAUACGGGGUGCCACUUUGCCCGGAGCUUGGAGAGGAGUGCUCUACUACUUGAAGCCGGACUGGCAGAAACUUCUUUCAACAGAGGUAUGGGUGGACGCUGCUGCUCAGAUCUUCUUCUCCCUUGGUCCUGGCUUUGGGGUGCUCCUUGCCUUUGCGAGCUACAACAAGUUUCACAACAACUGCUACCAAGAUGCUCUGGUUACCAGUGCUGUGAACUGUAUGACAAGUUUCAUCUCCGGUUUUGUCAUCUUCACUGUUCUUGGCUACAUGGCAGAGAUGAGGAAUGAAGAGGUCUCAGAAGUUGCCAAAGACACUGGGCCCAGCCUCCUCUUCAUCACUUAUGCAGAGGCCAUCGCAAACAUGCCUGCCUCAACCUUCUUUGCCAUCAUCUUCUUCCUGAUGCUGAUCACUUUGGGCCUGGACAGUACGUUUGCCGGGCUGGAAGGGGUGAUCACUGCUGUCCUGGACGAAUUCCCCCACGUUUGGAGCAAACGCCGAGAAAUCUUUGCGCUGGGUUUCAUUGUGAUCUGCUUCAUGGGUGCCCUCUCCACGCUGACCUUUGGUGGUGCAUAUGUGGUGAAGCUGUUUGAGGAAUAUGCCACAGGCCCGGCGCUGAUAGCCGUGGUAUUUCUGGAAUCCAUUGCAGUGUCUUGGUUUUAUGGUGUGGCUCAGUUUUCCAGGGAUGUAAAGGAGAUGCUUGGAUUCAGCCCUGGAUGGUACUGGAGGAUCUGUUGGGUAGCCAUCAGCCCAAUCUUUCUCUUGUUUAUCAUUUGCAGCUUCAUGUCCAGCGUUCCAGAACUCCGCCUUUUCGAUUACACUUAUCCCUACUGGACCAUGGUGCUGGGUUACUGCAUCGGGACGUCGUCUUUUAUCUGCAUUCCUGCCUAUAUGGUUUAUCGGCUGGCAACUACUCCAGGGACACUCAAAGAGCGUAUUCUAAAAAGCAUCACGCCAGAAACAGGCACUGAGAUUCCCUUUGGCGACAUCCGUAUGAAUGCCGUCUAAGUAGCCGUUUCCAUCUUGCUGGAUGUGGGAAGAGGUGGAGGAAGAGUGAGGUGUCAGCUCCUUGGCUCCUGUUGCUUUUUAGGCUCUUUCCCAAAGAAGUGAGUUUCCACCCAGAAGAGUGUUCGUUGUGAUGGAGGCACAAGUGUGGUAACAAAAGUUUUAGGCCUCCCAAGGAUUUCCCAGAAAGAGGGGCCCACGCUCCUUGGCACUACAGACUCUUUUGAAUUCAUAUUACUGCACUGGUUUUGUUUUCAGAAGCAUGAAGACUAAAAUACAUGCAAGGGUAAUUGAGUACUCGGAGCUCCACACUGCAGGCCUCAGGCAGCCUGAAUCCACACAUAACAUGGUUAUUCAGGCCUUGUUCGGGCAACCGUUGCAAGUUAGACAUUGUAUUUAGAUCCAUCUAUCUGUGCCAACUUACCUGUUUUAAUUCUCCUUCCGUGUGAUCCUCUGUAAUAGCACCCUGUUGUAUUUUGCUUCUAAAGAUCUCGACAUAUUAAACUAAGCUGAAGAAAUAGGGGAGCCAACUGAACCAGUCUUGCACUAGCUGCAUCUCACCCAACUCACAGGAAAUUUCGCUGCUUGAAUGGCCACCCUAAAUCUUGCCAAAGCAAAGCUACCCAAAGAUCAGUGUGUUAAGGGUUGGAUGUACUUGAUCCCACAGUUCAUACAGUGCUGUGUUCACUUGUGAUAGCUGGAGGAAGGAAACUGAGUGUCUGGAUACCCCACAAGGGUCUUGGCACUUGUUCCAGGAAAACAGGUGUGGAAGGACAAGAGAAGAUAGACAUCUUUUCUUUGACAAAUCAUAGUUGAAUAUGGUUUGUCAGUCAGUCCACCAUUAUUAAGUCCAGCCAAAUAGAUCUAGUUUAAAUGAUGAAACUAUCUAGUAAUAAUCCUCAAAACAUGUGACAGAUAAGGGUCCAAAGUCCUUCUCAACCACCUUCUUCCUCACGCCAUGUUACUAGAAUAUUCAGGAGCUAAGAAACCUGCACUGUCCCAUAAUAUAGCUGCUCACCUCACCUUCACUCCAAAUGCAAACAUAAAGUGGAGCAUUCUUUCCUAUGCAUGAUAUGUAGGAAUUUCCCUUAUGUUUUCAUAACCAGGUGUCACACAUCUCCAUAAGGUUUCUUCCAGCAACCUGAUGCAUUCAUGGAGCAUCUUCCACACUGUUGAGUUAAUCAUGUUCUAGAAUAUAAUUAACUAAAUGCCGUGCUUUCAGGCAGGCAUACAAUGGGUUGUUGUGUAUGCUUUUCAAACAGCACCCAUACUCUACUUAUGCUCUGUUCUAGAUGGACCCCAUGAAGGACCAGCAAAGACUGUUGUGUUGUCCUAAUGCCGGCAGGUGGCUAGCAAAAGUGUAAGAGUAGUCAUAACAUCUCUUGACACUGCACUGAAGAAAGCAGUGGGCGUUUCCCAUCCCUGGUGCCAUUUUGAAUGCAAAGGCAAUGUUGGGAAAGUGGUAACUGGAGGAUCAAGUACUUCCUUCUCAGUGCCACACUGUUAUUAUCAGGGUGUGGGUUCACUGUAAUAGUUCCUUUAUUGAUAGUCCAUGAGCAAUAGCUCAGAGAUAGAGUAUUUCUGCAACAAGGGUAAUAGAGCCAAAGCUAUGCCUAGCUUUUAAUAAGCUGUACAUUUUGAAAGGGCACGCUUGUGGGAGCCAUUAGGGCACCAUGUAUGUGCCUACAUGUCGAAACGCAUGCAUGCUGUGAAACAAGUUGUGUAACUCUCUACCCAACUGGGCCACACUGAACCUGCUUAGCACAUAUGAAGCUCACAUUAGAAUUUAAGAGGCCCUUUGAGUGUUCUGAACACUCCCAUCCAUAGAACCAUAAGUGUGCCAAAGAAAACAGUAUUUAAUCCAAUUCUCCCAUGGGAACAUAACCCUCCAAAGAGUUUUUGCUGGACAGGUCCCAUCAAAGCUCAUGGGGGCCCUUUGCAAAGGCUUAGUUUAGACUUUAUCAGGGAAACCACUCCCCUUCCUGCCUGAACUGGGACCAUGGUUACCUUUUGUUCAUUUGUGUUUUUGUAUAGAGAAAUUAAAACUGGAGUUUUAUUUUAUAGAACCAAAAGUAUUCCUCCCUAAUGUGUACAUAAUGCGCCGCUACUAAUUUAUGUUGCUGCUUUCAUUAUGGAAUGUCCCAAGCUGGGUUGUAAGUGAUCAGUAUGUGCCUUGCGACGUAAGCUAUUGUUGUAAUUAAAUUUAAUAUCAUAAUAAAAGAACAGCUGUAUCCCCCCCUUC